AUGGCCCUGAAAAAGGGUCGUAGCGAACCCGAUGCCACUACUAACAGCAUACUGAUAUCAAGAGGGCUUGGGGACCCUAACGUUGCCACAGGUGAAAGUCAAAUGGUCAUUCGGCGUAAACCUGAGGACGUGAAAAACCGUGAUGCCUUGAGGAUUCUCCGGAAAAUACCAGGUGUAACUAGCUAUAACAUUGGGGAAAUACUCUCUAGGGUGGACUCGCUGCGGCAACUUAGUGAGAUGGAAGAAGCAGACUUAUGCAAGUUCUUGCCUCCAUCCAAUGCUGAGGCCAUAUAUAACUUCUUCAAUCAGAGCAUAAGCUGA